AUGAGUAAGGAACAGAUGAAAGCCUACAAAUUGGCAGCUACGGAGAAGGAGAUUCUGUCUUCAUUGGAUCAUCCAUUUCUGCCGUCUCUGCUUACCCACUUUGAGUCAGAGACUCAUACAUUUCUGGCCAUGGAGUAUUGUUCUGGAGGAGAUAGUAACGUGUUGAGGCAUAGGUUUUACGCGGCAGAGGUGAUUGUAGCGUUGGAGUAUUUGCACGAGAAAGGAAUCGUAUAUCGAGAUCUGAAGCCAGAGAACAUAUUGGUGCAAGAUAGUGGGCACAUAAUGCUCACUGAUUUCGAUAUGUCCCUGCGUCUCAUAUCUGAUCAUGGCGAAUAUAACGAUUGGAAAUCUCGUUCGUUUGUGGGUAGGGAGGAGUACAUCGCACCAGAGGUCCUGUGGGGAAAAUUCCAUUCAUACCCAGUCGACUGGGGGUCUUUCGGCGUCUUUCUAUACGAAAUGAGUCACAGUCAGACACCUUUUAGAGGGUUUAGUCGAAAGGACACCUUUGUGAAUAUUAUGAGCAAGGACCCCUUUUUCUCAUCCUCAUCUUCUCUGGAUGAUCUUAUUCAGAAGCUCCUUGCGAAAGAGCCGACAGAGAGGCUAAACAGAAAGCAAAUAAAAAGCCACCAAUUCUUUUGGGGCAUGUGA